CAAGUGCAUGGAAAAAAUGUUUCCUGACUUGGAAAAAUUUGAUGCGGCUACGAUAGAGCUGGAAAUGUACAAGCAUGCUAAGGGCUUUCUCUCUUCUAGGGCUGCUAUACAAAGCAGAAAGACAAUUCAACCAGGUAGACUCUAUAAACUUUUGACAAUCUCUUUAUUUUGCCAACCACUAAGUUUGUUAAGAUUAUAAGAUAUUCUUAGUCUUACAAUAUCAUCUCCAUAUAAUGUGUUUUUCAGCUGCAUGGUGGGCUUCUUUUGGAGAUGAAAUACCAAAUUUAAGGUGGAUGGCGGUGCGUAUUUUGAGCCAACCAUGUAGCUCAUCAGCUUGUGAGCGUAAUUGGAGUGUGUUUGAACACAUACAUUCUAAGAAACGCAACCGCCUAUCACAACAACGGCUGAAUGACUUGGUAUUUGUUCAUCACAACCUCCGCUUGAAGAUAAGGAAAGCUCAAGGAACUAUUGAGGAAUGCUUGCCAAUUGACCUCGAUGAGAUAUAUCCAGAGUGCGAGUUGAUUGCUGCUGAUGAUGCUGAUGAUGAUGAUGAUGAUGAUGUUGAUGAUGAUUAUGUUGUUGCUGAUCGUCCGCUUGUGUCUGAAGAUUUUGAUAUCAUGAGGCAAGCCAACUUUCGUCCUGAAUGGGUUGAAGGAAUUAGGACAGGCUCUUGCCCAGGAGCUUCAUCAUCAGGGCCUCCUGCCCUCUAGCAUGUCAUUGCCUACAUUUGAGAUUUUGGAAUUUUGUACUUAAUUUACAGGUUGACUUUGUUCAAAGUCACAAACUAUAUUGUAAUUGACAUUUUGACAUCUAUCACCAUCUAGAUAUUAUUUAUGGUGUAGUAUAUUUUGUGGAACGUAAUC